ACAAUUCAAGAGGUCACCAUGAAACAACAUAAAAGCAGCCAGAGGGAUCACAUCAGUCAGUUAAGUGACUGAGAAAUCGUGAAUCAAUCUGAAAGAUGAAUUUCACCAUUUUAUGUUUUGUUCUGCUAUUGUCUGGCUUGGUUCUGGCCCAGGAUUAUAGUGGAACCUGCUCUCCCAACACAUGUAAUCUCCUGAGAGACUUGGGUGCCAGGACAGAACAACUUGGAGCAAUGGAAACCAGGCUGGAGAACUGUGAAAAUCAGAUUCUGGAACUGAGGAAGAAGGUGAUAUUCAGUGCAGUGGCAACAGCAGGAGAUAAAGCCAUUGGACCCUUCGACGAGGACACAACUUUGAUCUACAAUAUGGUCUUAACCAACAUCGGUAAUGCCUACAAUCCAUCCACAGGUAUAUUUGCUGCACCUGUUGCAGGUGUUUAUUACUUUUCUAUUUACUAUCAUGCUGGAGGAGCGCGUGAGGGAAAGCUGUAUCUCUACAAGAACGGGCAGCUAAUGAUCGCAACCACCGAUCACAAGUCAGACUCUGACACAGCUGAUAAUGGAGGAAACGCAGUGUUCCUGCAGCUGCAGCAGGGAGACAGAGUGUAUGUGCAACUGCCUGCAAACUGUCAUGUUUGGGGAUCUGAUGUCCAUACGACUUUCAAUGGUUUUUUGGUCACCAUAAUGUGAGAAUCAAUACACUGUAUUUCUAUGAAUUUCCUGCUUCAAGAUGGAUGUGGAAAUGUAACUUAUUUUCAAAUAUAAUGAAACAGGUUUCAGCAGCCCUGUCAGCGUGAUGACAGAUUUCUAUGGUGCCUCUAUAGAAACCUCUUCGCAAUUCAAGUCUUGUGGUUAAAAACUUACAAAUCAAUGAAUAUGCUCCUGACUUGAUCGCUCACUAAUCCAAAUAAAUCAAAUGAAGGGAACAUUGUGAGGUCACAUGCAAUGUUUCCUUAAAAGCCAAUACAUGCUUUGUAUUUAAAUUUGGGAAUCUCACAAAAUCCUGCUUUCUUUUUGAUCAAAUAAAGUUACAUGAUGCAUAAGCA